CCGGAAGUUUAUGUGACCGGAAGAGGUGAAGCGGAAGUUGGUGUUCAGGGUGAGCUUCAGGCCCGAGGCCUGUGGAUGGAAGUGGAGGUUUGGAGGAUGAGUCCGGAGCGAGUGUUACCCGAACCCGAGGAUGACCAACAGCAGCCGCCGCCGCCGCAGGAGCUGGGCCCUGUCCCUGUCCCUGUCCUGGGGCCCGGGCCGGGGCCGGGACCGGCCCAUUGGAGCAGCGAGGAGGAGGAGGAGGAUGAGGAGGAAUCUGGGGGAGGCCCCGAGGCCCCGGCUCCCGGCGGUUAUCAGUAUCUGCCCCUGAGUCAGGAGCCUGGGCCCGGGGGGGCUGCCGAGCCCGAUAUCGGGGAGCGGCUGCAGGAAUUGCGACUUUAUCUCCCUGAAGCACCAGCGGACAGUGACGAGGAGGAUGUGGAAGCAACUCCAAGCAGUCGACAGUCUAUACCCAUGGACCCAGAACAUGUGGAACUGGUGAAGAGGACCAUGGCUGCAAUCAAGAUUCCAAGCCUGGGAGUCCCGUCAUGGGCCCAAGAAAUCUCUGAUGAACAGUGGCAGUCUGUCGUUCAACAAACAAUAGAAACCAAGCGCUCAACAGUGGCAGUGAAGGACGUGGGGCAGCAAUGACCCAGGUUCUAUCCUGCAGUGUUACAUGAUGAGAAACCUGCAAUUGUAAGUGCAACAAAGCAGAUACCUGGAAAAAGUCCUGAGUCUAUGUAGGGUCGCUGUUAGUGAUCCUCGCCAUCCACAGGGACCCUGACAGUAAUCCUGACCUGACUUUCAGUGAUCGUCACUGCCUAUGCGGACCUGGUCAGUGAUCCUGGCAGUCUAUGCGGACCUGGUCAGUGAUCCUGGCAGUCUGUGCGGACCUGGUCAGUGAUCCUCACCACCUGUAGGGUCACUGUCAGUGAUCCUCACCACCUGUAGGGUCACUGUCAGUGAUCCUCACCACCUGUAGGGUCACUGUCAGUGAUCCUCACCACCUGUAGGGUCACUGUCAGUGAUCCUCACCACCUGUAGGGUCACUGUCAGUGAUCCUCACCACCUGUAGGGUCACUGUCAGUGAUCCUGUGUCUGUAUGAACACAGGCCUUUCCAGGAGAGCUAUUGUGUUUGUUGUUGUGCACAACCAUGUCUUGAGGUUGUCCACUUGAUCACUUCCAACAGCCUGUUUCUUGUCUGAUUUGAAGGAACUGAGAGUACAAGUCAUGUGAGCCUGACUCCCUCACUCUGCUUCCUUGUUCCUAGAGCAAAUCUGUAGUUGAGGUGAACUUGAGAGAUUUCUAUUAGGGCAAGUUAAUUGGAACUCUGGUCCAGGCUUUUGUGUCAGUGCUGAAUUUAAGUAUUGCUCAGUGUGUGUCACACUCAAGUCCAUGAUAGGAAAUCACAUGGUGAACAUGUGCUUGGCAAUGAGCAGAGACUAAAUGGUACUCACUCUGCUAUUGUCCUAAUAUACUAUCGUGAAAAAUUGGAAAAUCAAUUGGAGUAUUAGACACUGGAAACAGUGCCUUUCUUGUCUUUGGAAUACUUUGUUCCCAGGUGCUUUUUGGGUUAGACCGCUGGAUGUCUGUUGCAAUGACGGGACAAGCCGCAGAGGGACUAAGGUUUAAAUUCUCGAUGCAGCAAAAAUCAACUAAUUACAGUUGACCAGUUGCACUAAUCCACCACCACUUCCCGUCAUUAGGUGGUUAAUUUCACUUUGCCCUUUUAUACUCUGCUAAUCGCUAUUUUGUUAUAAACUUUUUAAUGAACCUUUAAAUUAACUUGAGCAAGUUCACAUUGACUCCACAAGGUAGAGGGCAGCAGUUUCUGAAUUGAGUUCAAGUCUUUCGGGGAUGAAAUUGUCCAUGGGGAGUGAGACUGGAGUAUGUGCAGACAUUUCAUAGUGGACUGAGAGCACAUUAACUGCUCAGAUUGGAACACAGAGAUACAUAACAGGACAGUUGGUAUCAGCAAGUAGUGAAUGCCAUGCUGCUGGGUGUUUUAUAUUUAACCCUGUGCUGUACCUAAAAUAAAAUAGACAAGUGAAACAAAAACAAAUUGCUUGAGAAACUCAGCUGGUCUGGGAGUAUCUGUGGCAAGAAAACAGUUAAUGUUCCAGGAACCUCACGAUAUUCUAGAGGGUCACAGGGUUUGAAACAUUAACUCUGCUUUCUCUCCACAGAUGCUGCCAGACCUGCUGAUUUUUUCCAGAAAUUUCUGUUCCUGUGCCAGACCUGUCCUGGGAAUGUUUGAUAGGGACAGUGUAGUGGGGAGUUUUACUUCAGUUUAAAAGAGAGCUUUAUUGUCUGGUUAGCCCAUACGUAUCUGUCCAGCACAAGCAGUCAUGUUAAAAAAUGUAAAAUAUUUGUUACAAUAUCAAUAAAUGUUGCUGACACUAAAGAUGGCUUCUUUAGUCAUCAUGCCUGACACGACUGAUUCCAUGUUUCUACGUCAGAAAUUGUGGUGUGGGAAAGGCACAGCAGGUCAGACAGCAUCCAAGGAGCAUGAGAGUUGAUGUUUUGGGCGUAAGCCCUUCAUUGAUGUAGCGCACUUUAAACUUUUGCUAUAAAUGCUGCAUUUCACAAUCUUACACUUCACAACCACCUGAUGAAGGAGCACUGCUCCCAAAUAAACCUGUUGGACUAUAACCUGGUGUUGUGAUUUUUAGUUUUGUACACCUCAGUCCAACACCAGAACCCAGCACCACCCUUUUUGACUGUCUCUCCAGAAUGUGUACUCCUCACUUGCUCCUUGAUGUUUCUGAUCCUCCUUUGGGAUUUCAGUUUUGAGGAUAAAAGCUAAUGAUUUAUAUGUCCCUGUUAAUAUAACAUUAGCACAUUUAACAAGCUGUGCUCCCCUAAGUGUUUGUGCCAAACUAAAUUAUAAAGCCAAAAACAUUACAACUGUAUUUUGACAGGCUUCUCUUGGUUAACUUGUCACUGUGCAUGUGAUGUGAUGACCAGUUUUAUUUGAUAACGUAGUCAUGUUAUGUUCCUCUGUCAAGAUAGGACACGUUGCUGAACAGGAGAGCAGGUUAGAUAAACAUUGUGUUGUCUGGGAUGAAGGAACUUUUCCUGGUUUACCCCUUAAUAUCGGUGGCACAGUAGUUAGCACUGCUGCCUCACAGCGCCAGGGACCUGGGUUCAAUUCCCGCCUCAGGCGACUGACUGUGUGGAGUUUGCAUGUUCUUCCCGUGUCUGCGUGGGUUUCCUCCCACAGUCCAAAGAUGUGCGGGUCAGGUGAAUUGGCUAUGCUAAAUUGCCCGUAGUGUUAGGUAAGGGGUAUAUGUAGGGGUUGUGCUUCGGCGGGUCGGUGUGGACUUGUUGGGCCGAAGGGCCUGUUUCCACACUAAGUAAUCUAAUCUAAUUUUAAGCUAUUUCUUGAUAUCAUGUGAAGACACCGAAUAUGGCAAAGGCUAGGGGAACUGAGCUUUCCAGAAAUAGUAUGGAAAGCUUGUGCUCCAGAACUGGUCACCUCCCUAGUCAAUGUGUUCCAGUAUAUUUACAAACUAAUAUCGACCUGUCAACAUAGGUUUUUGUCCUGUGCACAAAAAAGACAUAUGCAUGGUUGCAUUUUACCACUGUUGACUUGACCCCUUUGAUCCUUUCCUAAUAAUCAGCAUGGCACAGUGGUUAACACUGUUGCCUCACAGCGCCUGAGACCUGGGUUCAAUUCUCGCCUCAAGCUACUGUCUGUGUGGAGUUUGCGCAUUCUCCCUGUGUCUGCAUGGGUUUCCUCCAGGUGCUCCAGUUUCCUCCCACAAAAAAAAAGUGCAGGUUUGGUGAAUUGGCUAAAUUGUCCCUACUGUUAGGUGAAGGGGUAAAUGUAGGGGAGUGGGUAUGGGUGGGUUGCUCUUUGGAGGGUCGGUGUGGACUUGUUGGGCCGAAGGGCCUGUUCCCACACUAAGUAAUCUAAAGCUAGGUUAUUUGAUGGGGCGGCACGGUGGUUAGCACUGCUGCCUCACAACGCCAGGGACCCGGGUUCAAUUCCUGUCUCAGGCAACUGUCUGUAUGAAGUUUGCACAUUCUCAGUGUCUGCGUGGGUUUCUUCCGGGUGCUCCGGUUUCCUCCCACAGUCCAGAUUAGGUGAAUUGGCCAUGAUAAAUUGCCUGUAAUGUUAGGCAAAGGGGUAAAUGUAGGGGAAUGGGUCUGGGCGGGUUGCUCUUCAGAGGGUCAGUGUGGACUUGUUAGGCCGAAGGGCCUGUUUCCACACUAUGUAAUGUAAUCUAAAAAUAAUCAUUGACAGUGCUACUGUGCAAUAUUUACUCAAAGAACCCCUGAGGCGAGAGUGCCUGUCCAUGAUAUCAGGACAGCAUUUGGCUAGAGCGGUAUCACAGAACCCUUGCAAAAUUUGAGUCAGUGGGAAUGGGAGGAAAUCACAGUGGUUGGAGUCAUACCUGCCAAAGGGAGAUGAUGAUUGUGGAUUGGUCAUCUUCGUUAGAGGACAUCUCUGCAGGAGCUCCUCAGCCUGGGCCCAACCAUUUUUAGCUGCUUCAUCAAUGACUUUCCCUCCAUCUUAAAAAUCGGAAGUGAAAAUGUUUGCACAAUAUUCUUACUUUUCACAGACUGCUUCAGCGCCUAAGGCAUUCUGUCCAAAUGCACCAAGAGUGAGACAAUAACCAGGCUUGAACUGAAAAGUGGCAAGUAACAUUUACAUCACCUUCGUGCUAGAUACUGGCAAUCCUUAACCAGGGAACCCUUUGACAUUCUCAGUACAGUGUGGAGGACACUAACCGUGGAGGUUAUAAAGAGUAAUCACUAAUUGUACUUACCUUCCGUCACCAGUGUUUUUGAUGUGAUUCACUUCGAUCUCCCUUUGAGUGAAAUACGAAUUUAUUUUCUGUAGAGUGCAAAUUAGUUCUAUCAAAACCUAGGAUUUCUGGCUGUUCGCAGUAUGUAUUCACAUCAUAUCACAGCCGGGCUAUAUUCACAAAGUAACAUUACUUGUGAGACCCAGUUUAUUUUUGUUCUGUACAUACAUGAACAUUUGUACAAAAUAUGACAUUUCAAUACUAUGUAAUACUCUACCUAAAAUAAAGUUCAACAUAUGUACAAAUAUUAA